ACACAGUCACUGACAGACAUUCUCCCAAAUCAAUGCAACGCCACCUCUGCUAUAUGCAUAAUUCCAAUUCGGAGAUUUUGUAGUAAAGUUUGCUCGCUUUUUCUCUGAUUUUUUUGACAGAUUUCGGUGGUUUCACGUGAAAUUUGGAUGGAUAAAUCCGAAGUCAGAAUCCUGUUUUUCGUUUAAUUUAUGGAGAGAAUUUGAUUGAUGAGCAAAGGGUAAAGUGGUGAGCUGAUGGAGAUCACAGAAGAAGAAGCAGUGAUUGUCAAUUCCAGUAGAAUGAAGUCUGUUGUAUGGAACGACUUCGACAGAGUUAAAAAAGGCGAAACUUUUGGUGCUAUCUGUCGCCACUGUAAAAGAACGCUCAGCGGGUCGAGUACCAGUGGGACAUCUCAUUUGAGAAACCAUCUGAUCAGGUGUCGUAGACGUUCGAACCAUGAUAUAAGCCAGUUGUUGACGAGGGGAAAGAGGAAGCAAACCACUCUUGCCGUUGCCAACUUUAGUUGUAAUCAAUCUGCGGUGGGGAAUGAGAUGGUAACAGUUGCAAGUGCAAAUUUUGAACAAGGGGUGGAAGUUAGGAAUAUGAAUGUGGGAAGCUUAAAUCUUGAUCAAAGGCGGAGUCAGCUAGAUCUUACGCGUAUGAUUAUAAUGCACGGAUAUCCUUUGGGUAUGGUUGAGGAUCUUGGCUUCAAGACCUUUGUUCAAAACCUCCAGCCAUUGUUUGAUUUUGUGACAGUUAAUGGAAUUGAGGCUGACUGUAUUGAGUUAUAUAAAAGGGAGAAACAAAGAGUCUACGAGGAGUUGGAUAAAUUACCUGGGAAGGUCAGCCUUAGCGCAGAUAGAUUGGCUACAAAUAGAGGCUCGGAUUAUCUUUGCUUGAUAGCACAUUACAUUGAUGAUUCUUGGGAAGUAAAGAAAAAGAUUUUGGACUUUUUUUCAAUUGAUCCUUCUGAAGCGGAAGACAUGCUCUCAGAAUUGAUCAUGACAAGUCUUAGGAAUUGGGAUAUCGAUCGGAAGUUGUUUUCACUGACUAUUGAUAAUCUUGUGACAUACGACAAAAUUGUAUGCAGAAUCAGAGACCAACUCUGUCAGCACAGCUUCCUUAUGUGUGAAGGACAAUUAUUUGAUGUAAGAUGUGCGGCAAGUAUGGUGAAGUUAUUGGUCCAAGAUGUCCUGGAGACGUCACUUGAGAUAACCAACAAAGUGCGGAAAACCAUACAGCACAUUGAAGGUUCUCACGAAACACAAGAAAAGUUCAAUGAAAUAGUACAGUUACUUGGUAUCAAUGGACAAAAAUGGCUGUCCACUGACAAUCCAUUUCAGUGGAAUUCUACAUAUUUGAUGCUCGAAACUGCUUUAGAGUAUAAAGAAGCCUUCCCUCAGCUGCAAGAACAUGAUCCUGGCUUUUCAAUGUGUCCUUCUGGCGUAUAGUGGGAUAGAUUGAGGGGCAUUACGAGCAUCUUGAAAUUCUUUCACGAAGUCUCUAAUGUCUUUGUUGGGCACAAACUUGUCACUGCAAAUUCCUAUUUUGCUGAGAUUUGUGACAUUCAUUUACAGCUGAUAGAAUGGUGCCACAAGUCAGAUGAUUUUAUCAGCUCUUUGGCGUUGAAAUUGAAAUCAAAAUUUGAUGAGUAUUGGAAGAAAUGCAGCUUGAUUAUGGCUAUUGCAGCCAUCUUAGAUCCACGAUUCAAGAUGAAACUGGUGGAGUAUUAUUAUCCCCAAAUCUAUGGUGAUAGUGCUCCUGAUUGCAUAGACAUUGUUUCAAAUUGUAUGAAAGCUCUUUACAGUGGUCAUGCUAGCUAUUCACCUUUAGCUGCUCACGGUCAAAACUCAUCUUCCGAAAGUAAUGGUAGUGUUGUUAAGGACAGGCUUAGUGGAUUCGACAGAUUUCUCCAUGAAACUUCAGCUAGCCAAAACACAAAAUCAAACUUGGACAAAUAUUUAGAGGAACCACUCUUCCCUCGUAGUGCUGAUUUUAGUAUAUUAAACUGGUGGAAAGUUCAUGAACCAAGAUAUCCUGUGCUUUCAAUGAUGGCACGCAACAUAUUGGGGAUUCCAAUAUCAAAAGUUGCACCGGAGUCCCUAUUUGAUAUUGGAGAUAGAGUCCUUCACCAUUCUUGGGGUGCCGAGAAGUCUGAUACUCUGCAAGCUUUGAUGUGUUCUCAAAACUGGAUACGAAAUGAAGUGGAAGAUCCCAAAACUCCGGUGUUUGCUUUACCCGUCGAUGCAACAUGGCAAAUCUAUGGGGUCUGCAUUUGGAAUUGAGGACUCUCAUGGCUUCUAGCGAAUCUACUAAUAUAAUAAGAAACUGUACGGGAGAGGAUGUUGUAAUUUAGAAAAUUGCACAGUGCAGAUCUUCACUAGUUUGUGGGUAACAGAUGAUGGAGACUGGUCAACCAGGUGUUAGACCCAAAUCUAGUGGUCUUGUCUAUUUACUUUGACUGUCUGUUUCUAUGGAAAGAAGAAAAUAUAACACCUAUGGAAAUUAGCAUUCGAUUAUAUAUGGAGGGGUUCUUUGUGUUUCAGCUAUUACCUCCUCUGAAGAUGAAUCUGAUAUUCAAGGAACUGCAUACAUACCAGAUUUUUGUCGGAGUUCUAUAUGCAGGGAGAUAUAUCAAUUUGUUUUGAAUAUGAUCUGUUAAGAAUCUUAAAAUAAGGAGGAUAGCAAUGGUUUCCAAGCAUUUUAACGUUUCGUGGUUCAUGCGUCCCAAUAUUUCUUGGAAAACUGAAGUCCGCGCUGAUGAUUUCCCAUAUUGCUUAACGUAGAGUUCUGAACAGUCCAUCGAUCGAGUUCUUGUUCAUGGAGGUACACAUACAACACUUGACCACGUACAACGGUAUCAGAGACGACAGAAAGGUCAGUGCAUAUAUCUUCCCCCAACCCAACCCCAUGGUUGCUUGAGAAUUAUUGGAGGUAGGCUCAGCACCCAAAGUAGGUACAAUGUUCGUGGGACCUUUCCAAUCCGUUGUUUUCUUGUCUGCUUUCGUUCUUCCGUUUAUGUCAAUACAAGCACUAUGGUUGUGCACAGUUUGAAGAGAGCCCUCCACUCUUAACCUCUAAACACACACACUUUGGUUAUGCUGAAAGAAUAUCCUUUGCCAUUGUGUGGAGAUAUUUGCUCAACGAAGGUGGAAAAGUGGGAGUCUUUUUCUUUUGCAUUAAUAGAAAUUUUGUGUUUUUUCCAUCUUUUGCUAUGGGGAAAAUCCCUUUUAUGUUAAGCAUAACUGUCUCUCUCUUUUCUGACAUAUUUUGUUAGUGCUUUCUUUGUAGUCUUAUGAUUGUAUAGUAUUUGAGUUGAUCAUUUUUAAGAUUCUAUUUUUGCAAAUUUUGAAA